AUGGCCAAAGACAAUCACGAUAUUGAAGCCGUGGCGGACGCUGCCUCGCAAACUUCUACCCCGGGGGCGAUGGAAGAUGUCGAAAUCGUCACUCUCACGAAUGAAGACAACAUUCGCAUUCGGAAUAAGACCGACAAAACGAUCCUAGCUAUUCUUACCUGGGUAUACUUCUUGCAGGUCUUAGACAAGGGUGUUUUAGGAACUGCUUCCAUUUUUAAUCUCCAGGAGGACACAGGUCUCGUUGGAAGUCAAUACUCUCUGGUUUCAUCCAUUGCCCCUAUUGCGCAGGUUGCAUGGCAGCCGUUCUCGGCAUGGCUUAUUGUCAAGGUCCCUCCCCGUAUUCUGAUGCCCUCCAUGGUCUUCUGCUGGGGAGUUGCAGCAACCUGUACCGCCGCAUGCAACAGCUUUGCCGGCUUGGUCACCGUUCGUUUCUUCCUCGGUCUCUUUGAAGCUGGGUGCUUGCCUCUCUUCGCCAUCCUCACUGGCCAAUGGUAUCGUCGUGUCGAACAGCCACUCCGUGUGUCCAUAUGGAACUCCAUGAACGGCACAGCCACUAUGGUGGCCUCUGCCUUGUCAUAUGGACUCGGCCAUAUCCCCUCGGAUCUGCUGAGACCGUGGCAAAUUAUCUUCCUUGUUGUUGGAUUGGUUACUAUUAUCAGCGCGCCCUUUAUUUACUGGAAACUUGACAACGACAUCACCACCGCCCGCUUCCUCACCGAAUACGAACGGAAACAGGGCGUGGAACGUCUCCGCGCCAAUAACACUGGUGCUUCCUCUUACGACUUUGACUGGUCUCAGGUUAUCGAGGUUGCUCUUGACCUUAAGAGUUGGCUUUGGAUUAUCAUGGCCUUGCUACCAAACAUGGGAUCGGCGAUGACGAGCACUUUCGGACCUCUUAUUGUCAGGGGUUUCGGCUUUGAUGCAUACGAAACUUCUCUGCUCAACAUUCCUUUCGGUGCUAUGCAGACUAUCGUCAUCAUCAGCGGCUGCUGGGCCUCGUACAAGUUGAAGCUAAAGUCCGCCAUUUUGAUCGGUUUCAUGAUCCCUGUCGUGGUGGGUAUCGCAAUCCUCUACGCACUCCCCCACGAAGCCUCCAAGCAGGGUCCUCUUCUCCUCGCAUACUAUCUUUGCUCCUUUUUGUUUGCCGCCAACCCCCUUCUUCUCUCAUGGGUCGUCGCAAACACUGCUGGUGCCGCCAAGACCUCUGUCACGAUGGCUCUUUACCAGGCUGGUUCUUCCGCUGGUGCCCUCUCUGGCCCGCUUCUGUUCACCGCAGAGCAAGCUCCCUCAUAUCGCCCCGGUAUCCGGGCUGUUCUCGGAGUCUUCAUCGCUUUGGUUGGUUGUGUUGUCAUCCAGGUCCUCAAUCUAGCCUGGUUGAACAGAGUAAACAAGAAGAAGAGAGUCAGCAAUGGAAAGAUGGCUGAAGUCCAAGAUCAAUCUAUGACUCAUGGGUUUGAGACCAACGGAAAGGUCCAGGAUCCAGCUCCAACGGAAGUACCAUUCGUGGACUUGACUGACCUGAAAAAUGACGAAUUUGUGUACGUUUAUUAA